AUGAACCACUCCGGCGCGCUCUCUCAGGGAGAUCCCAGCGGGACAAGUCAAGACGACCACAUGGACGCCACCGCCUCCUUUGCCCACUCACUCUCCGUCGCACCCCUCGACAGCGCCAGUACUAUCCACAGCAUCAGCCUCGCCCUCAACGGCUCAAGUUAUACCAACGGAGGCGAAGGUCAACAUCACCAACAUCAUGAUGCCGACGUCUUGAUGAUGGACGCCACCACCCCUACCAUCACCACCGCCACAAGUGCCUCCUCGGUCAGCACCUCCGCCUUCCAUUUUCAACAACCUGAAUCUCGCAUGGCGGUUGCAGAACUCUUGGUCUCUCUCGGUCAAAGCUCACGUAGUGUCGAACAACACAUCCAAAAUGGCCACCAGCCAUCCACAGACUCGGGAGCAGGAUCAUCACAACAAACACUCACCUACAGAGCCGCCGCCGACUAUGUUGGACUGGUCAAGAAGGCGUACGAGGGCAACCCCAGGGUCUACACGGAAUUCCUCAGUGCUCUGGAGAAAUACCACGAACUGAGGUACAUGUUCACAUCAUUGGCAAACAACCACAGGAGUGCAGGAAGAACACAUAGGGAUACCCUCGACAUGACAGACCAUUCGAGAAACAUUGGAGCCGUGGCCCAAGAAUUCAAUUGUGAAAUCGGACAUAGUGACUUCAACGAUAUCAGGCAUAUCCCUAAGGCAAGGAUUGUUGACCGACUCCUCCGUUUGUUUUGUUCUCUCAGUAUGACCAUAGAGCAAUUGGUGAGAACUGUCAUGGCUCUCUUUCAGGAUCAACCAGAUCUCUUGAUGGGGUUCAAGGAAUUCUUGCCAGAAGCACAGGGUCUGCUGAACCAGCUGGUACCGCCCAUGAUGUACUCGGACUACAAAGUAAAGGUCAAAGCCGAGACUCAACCAACUAUACCCGCAGGAUUGCUCCCAACGACAGUCGGCGUUGAGCAAACCGACCAACCGAUGGACGUCAGUGCAAACAAUAAUGGACACGCAGCAGCAGAUUUCCUGAGUCUCAUCAAGGAGCGAUCCCAGCAAGAACCCGAUAUGUACCAACAUUUGAUCACAUUGCUCAGGAAAUUUCAGAAGGACCACUCCUACUCAACUCUUUAUUUCUACGUGUCGAUUAUCCUGCGCUACCACCCACACUUGUUGCAACGUUUCCACAAAUUUUUGCCAACGGUGGCGAGCGGGAUCGAAGUAACGGAGCCAAGGGUCAUCUCCAAGGCACCUCCAGAAGAACUCGUCGUCUCGCCCGACUUUAUCGAAGCCAAGGACUUUGUGCAAACCGUCAAGUAUGAGGCCAAGAACGACAUGUCAAUGUAUGACCGGUUCAUCUUUGCCCUGGAAAAGUACCAAUGCACUGGCUGGACCAUUGAUCAGGUGUAUUCGGAGGUAUCACUUAUUUUCUGGAACCACCCCGAGGCGCUUGCAGGAUUCAAGCAAUUCAUCACAACGGUCCCCCAACAACCAUGA